CAGCACUCCUGGCGAUGAGCGGCUGCCGCCGCUGGCCGCCGACGACAAGCCGCCGCUGGCCACCGCCGGGCGGCAGCACCUGCGCCGCCGCAGUUCGCACCUUUACCUGGAGAUGGCAGCACGCAUGUCGUGUUCGGAGCCGACGCUGGAUAAGCCGGCCGCCGGGCCGCAGCGAGUGCUGCAGAGCGACUUCAACAAGCGCUACCCGAUCAUUCUCAGCCAAGCAGCUGGCAGAAUGGGAGGCGCUGGAGGCCUGUCGCUGGCUGCGAGACGCUGGCUUCCCGCAGUACGCCCAGAUGUAUGAAGGGGGCCGGCGACGGAGGGCCGUGUUGGUCAUGUGCCGCCUGGUGAGAGGGAGCACGCCAGUCGACUGGACCGGCGCCGGCGCCGGCUGCGACUGCCUCGUGCCGCUACCUCGGUUGGGGACGCCGCCGCCGCUGUACCCGGCGCCCGCCGACCUGCUGGCGCUCUACUGCACUCCCGAGUGCCGGUGCCCGAUAGACCUGCGCGCCGUGCAGAGCGACCAUCCGGCCCUGGACCUAGACAGUCGGCAUGCCCUCUUCAAGAGGAUCAACACGGUAAACCGCGCCACCAACAUGAAGCUGGAGGGCGUCAGGCGACCGGGUGAGGAGAGCGACGGCGAGGAGACGCGCGCCAUCAGCGAUAACUGGUCCUACCUGCGCCACUCGCGGCGCUGGCGGCGCAACCCGGCCGUGCCAGCGCCGGCUGCCGCCGCCGCCACCAGCCCGCCCAGCGGCAGCUCCAACAGCACACUCAACUCGGAUUCGAGCGCGGGCGCGGCCGUCGUCCAGGAGCGGCGCCGCCAGCAGAAGGCGUCGGCGGCGCGCGACGACUCGUCCAGCUACUUCUCGGCGUCGGACGCCAGUCGGGAGUCGCCGCGCGCGGCCCGGCCGGCCGCCGGCCGCGACGACAGUGGCGCCGUCUCGGACGGUGAGCACUCGCCGCCGCUGUGGCGUCCCCUGCCGACGGCCGGCAAGCAGCGCUGCAAGGACGCCAACUGCAACGACACGGACGCGGUGGACUUCCUGCAGACAAGCUCGCCGAAGAUCAGCCGGACGCGUGGCGGCAGUCUGAGGGUGGGCAGGCCGACCGGCGGCGGCUGGCGCUCCAGCAGCCUCAACAUGGGCAAGGAGAGCCAGGGCUACCGCAGGAAGCUGCAAGGGAAACUGAAGAGGAAGGAGGGCAGCGAGCCGCCGCCGCUACCGCCGCAGUGCCCGCCGGCGGCGACGGCGACGCCCGCCGCGCCGCCGUCGCUGCCGGCGGAGCGGCACCGGGUCAGCACCUACGACAACACGCCGAUCGUCGUCUACAACCGCGUCUACGUGGACGAGGACGCGGCUCCGGCGCCGCCCAGCCCGCCGGGCCGGGACAGCCGGGCCAAUUCUAGUCCGCAGAUCCAGGCGGUGUCGCGCGGCCGGUCGGGCAGCUGCGACACCAGCAUCAGCCACAGCUCGGAGGGCUCGCUACCGUCGACGGCCGGCUCCGACCAGGAACAAAAGCUGCCCAGAACCAGUGUGGUGCGGUGGCACAGCUUCCACCGGAGCGGCAGCGGCCCGCUGACGCGGCCGGCCCCGGCGCCCGUGUCCGUCUCGCCCACACACAUCUCCCGCCUCUCGUCCGGCCAGAUCCUGCUGCUCAAGAAGCACGCCCUGCUCAGGAUUACCGCUACGAUGGAGAGGCACUGCCCGUCAAAGUCAUCCAGCCGGAACUGGGACAUCCCGAAGUUUAUGCGCAAGUUCCGCGUGCCCGAGUACAAGGACCGGCAGGUGUUCGGCGUGCCACUGGCCGUGCUGGCUCGCCGGAGCGGUCACCCGCUGCCGCCGGCCAUCAUGCAGGCAAUGGACUACCUCCGGCGGAACGCCCUUGACCAGGUGGGCCUGUUCCGCAAAUCUGGCGUACGCUCACGGAUCCAGAAGGUGCGCACCGCGUGUGAGGAGGCUGGAGAUGGCCCGGUCGCCUUCGACGAACACCAGGCGUACGACAUCGCCGACAUGAUCAAGCAGUACUUCCGCGAGCUGCCCGAGGUGCUGCUUACGAAUAAGAUCUCGGAGAUCUUGAUCGCCAUACACCAAUACGUGCCGUCCGGCUUGCGUCUCGAGGCCACCAAGUGCGCGCUGCUGCUGAUGCCCGACGAGGCGCGGCUGGCGCUGCAGACGCUGCUGCACUUCCUGUCGGACGUGGCCGGCGCCGCCUACGCCAACCAGAUGACGGCCAACAAUCUGGCCGUCUGCCUGGCGCCUUCGCUGUUCGCCGUGACGUCACAGCGUUCGGCGUCGGCCUCGCCGCGUCGCACGCGCCGCGCGGGGGUGCCCGACCAACGCGAACUCAACGAGAACCGGGCGGCGCACGAGUGCCUGGCGGCGAUGAUCCGACAGGCCGAGUCGCUGUUCUGCGUGCCGGAGGAGCUGCUGACUGGCUGCCGGUUCUCGUACCUGGACGUGUCGCAGCCGGUGGCGCUCGGCGCGCUGGGCACCGAGGAGCAGCCGGGCAGCUGGCGCGCAUACACGGACGCCUGCUGCGCGGCGCUGCUGCGCGAGGCGCGCGACCGGCCGCGCGGCUGGACGGCCGUGGCGGCCGAGGACGCCGGCUUGGAGCUGGCCUACCGCAAGGUGGGCGACGGCCACCAGCUGCGGCUGUGGCGGGCCGCCGUCGAGCUGGAGGCGCCGCCGGCCGAGGUGCUGCACCGGCUGCUGCGCCAGCGGCAUGCCUACGACCUGCGCCUGGUCAAGUGGCGGCUGGUGGAGCGGCUGGCCGAGGACGCCGAGGUGUUUCAGUAUGCUGUGUCAUCGGUCAGCCCGCUGCCUGUCACCGAGUAUUGCGUGCUGCGCGCCUGGCGGACGGACCUGCCGCGCGGCGCCUGCGCCGUCGUCGAGACGUCAGUCGAGCACCCAGAUUCGCCGGUGCAGCCGGGCGGUCGGCGGGGCGUGGUGCUGGCCUCGCGGUACCUGAUCGAGCCGUGCGGCGCCGGCAAAUCAAAGGUCACCCACUUCUCACGGACCGAUCAGAGGGGCUGCUCUCCAGACUGGUACAACAAGGUGUAUGGCCACCUUUGCGGCCUGCAGCUGACCAGCCUGCGCGAGUCCUUCCGCCACUUGUCCGGCGGGCCAGAGAGCCAGGUCUGAAGCUGCUGCCCGACACCUGGGCUCUCGGUGGCCGCACGUCGUUGGACGUUUGCCUCAUAGGCGCGGUUGGCGCCGCCGUGAGGUGGGAUCUCGCGCUUUCGCUGGUGCUGGCCUCCCGGUCCAGGGCGGCCCGGAGGAGACGAGGCCGCAGUGGCGGGUCAGGACCGGCCGAGGACCACGAGAGGGGCGAGCCGUCGGCGGCGACGGCGUCCGCUGGUCCGCUGUCCGGCGGUCCGACGUUCGGUGCCCGGAUGCCCGGCAUUGGAGUGCGCGUAGGCCCGACACUGGGGUGUCCGGUAGUCCUACGUUGGAAUGUCCGGCUGUGUGACGGAGUGUGAGGCGGCCCGAAGUUGGACUGGCGGUCCGGCACUGGAGUGUCCCUCGGCUCGAUGCUGCCGACCAGUGUGUCAAGCUCGGCAGAGGCAUUCGCUUUGAGGGGACCGCGCUGCACCAGCUGCGCUCCUCGACGCUGCUCGCGCGGUCGGCCGACGUCGACUCGGCCCGUCGGCCGCUGGGCGUCACAGGGACCAGAGCUGGAGCCGCCGGUGGGCGCGGCGGUGUCGAACCGGCCGAGCGCAGGCCGUUUUAGUGUGCCCCCGGGGCGCACCGGGAUCAGCUAGGCUGUUACAGCGGCCCGGCGGCGCACAGCCGCGGAAAGUCGGCGCUGAGCGGGGGCGCGGCGCUGGGUAUUCUGGCAUGGGUGUGUACAGUCGGACUCGGUUUUGUAGCAAGUAUGGGCGUGCGCUCUACACUGUAAGCCACUCACUGUGUGCUGUGGCAGAGCCGGCGGCCUUGGGGCCACAUCGCCUGGGCCACAUUCCACGACGUCUUAUUAGAGUAUCAACUAGUCCAUUGUGUUGUUGCCUGUUCUCGCGUUGUGCCUGGUGUUUGUAUCAAGAUGUCAUGUGGCGCUUGUACGCUUGAUAAAGAGGUCUAUUGGCUACACAAUACAUGAAACGCCCUUC